AUGACAUCGCAGCCCCCCGGCAACGGCCAUCUCAACGGCCUUUCCCCCGCAUCAACGGCAGCGCUAGCAGCUGACAACCAGCUGCGAGCCCACGACGCCUGCAGGACUUUCCCCACUUCCUCAACGCUCCAAGCUUCACCGAUUCGCUGCCCUUCUACAUCUUGUGCAGAGGUUCUAUCUGGAGAGCUCGGUGUUAGCAGUACUUUGGGGCCCCAGGGACUUCUCACGACCCACGAAGGGGGGCCCCGGGAGCCUGAGACCGAGGCAGGAGUGACGAAGUGCCUGGACACCCGCGACCCCUUUUCCGACUUAAUCGAGGAAUCUUCAUCACACACACAUUUGCUGAAGUUACAGACCAAAGAGAAAAAGGGGGCCGCCGACGGCGAGGAGGCGAGCUCGGAGACGCCUGCAAGCUUGGGCUCUGCCGCAGCACUUGCUGCAGGAGAAAUGCGUCUGUCUCAGCCCUCAUGCGUCUCCAAAGACUCCUCUUUCUGCGCGGAUUUUGCUGCAUUAAACGCUCUGAAAAAGCAGCAGCAGCAGGAGAGACGCGACAGCUCCACAGAUGACUCCGUCUCUCCCUUGGAGUACGCAGCCACCAGAAGCAGCUCCUCCUUGCUGCCUGAGGGCGUCUCAGCAGUAGGAGAAGGAAAGCUUGUACACCUUGACGGCCCCAGCCGCUGCUCCCCUUUAGAAUUCUAUGACAUCGCGGCCGCCUGCCAGCAGACAACCGAGUUGGCCGCAUCAGCUCUCGCCCCACACGGCGCCAUGCAGCCGCCCCCAGCACUUGCAGCAACAGCAGCACCAGAAACAGCAGCGGGAAUAAGCUCGUCGGCACUUGGUGCUGGCGGGAGCCCUUCUGGAGGAAGUCAUGUUGCAGAAGCGGCAGCUGCAGCAGGAGCAGCGGAACCCCCCGAAACAGAAGCAGCAGCAGCAACAGUACCAGAAGCAGCAGCAGCAGACGUGGUAGAUGGGGAUAGUUCCAUGGGCUGCAUGCAGUGGCCAUUUGAGAGCGGCGUGCGGCCGUGGGAUGACUUGGGUCAGGACACUCGCGAGAUAGCAGAAGGCGCUUCGGGUACCCAGUUAGAAGACCUGCCAAAGAAACGCAUUUGGGUCUUCCACAGGGGUGUAUGUACACCGGUUUCCUGGUACGCAGACACGAGUGCAGAGGACGUGAAGACAGCGGUGUUGUGCGCUUGCGAUGUCUUGGCUGACGAUAUUGACGGCGUGGAGGCCUCUGCAGCAACCGGGGGAUUUUGUCUCCGCCUCAUUCAGCCCCUGCCGGAUGUUGCGGAUGUGGACGAGGAGGCUUUGUUUAGAGAAGUGAAAACUAUCAGCCUUCGCUGCCAGCUGCCCUCUGGCAAGGAGGGCCCCCAGAGGGCCCCCGCCACUGCGGCGACCCAACAGGCCGCCGAGGCACCGGAAGCAGCAGCAGCGACCCCAGAAGCCGCAGCAGCAGCAGCAGCACCAGAAGUAGCGCCCGCAGCAGCAACAGCAGCUGCUGAUACUGCAGCAGCUGGUGAGGCGGGGGUGUGCGAUGAGGUCUCUGUGGUGGUUACGUUGGGGCCUCGGGUGUAUGCCCAGGACUUUGGGAGCCUGAGAGAGGGGGGGGCCUACAUGCUGGAGUUGCAGCCUCCGGGGGCCUCUGAGGAGAAUUCGCAGCAGCAACAGCAGCAGCAGCAAGAGUUACAGCUGCUGCGGCAGCAAGUGGGGGACAAGUGGAGGCGGCUUUCCGUUGAGGUGGACCCCCUCUUGCAUAUCGAGGCACAAAAGGCCGUGCUGCAGAUGCGCGGAGGUACGAAUUUACUGAAGCAUACGCGUUUCGGUCAUCCUCACUUGCGUCAGUUCCAACUGUCUGCAGACAGAAACCGUCUGCUGUGGUAUACAGCAAGCAAAGGAAAGAAAGCGUCUGUUGUUUGCUGGGAGCAGCUAGAGGGUUUGGUGUUGGGGCAGAAAUCGGCGACGUUCCAAGCCUACAAAAUCCCUGCGCUGCAGCAUCUCAGUUUUUCCCUCGUAUUUAAGCAAGAAGACGCAUUUGCAGAGCUAGCUGCUGCUGCGGCAGCGGCGGUUGCUCCCGCUGCUGUUGCUGCUGCUGCCGCGCCUCCUGCUGCUGCUGAUGAGGUGGUGCUACCAUCGUCAUGGCUGGAGACAGCGCCCAGAACGCUGGACUUAACCUGCAAAGAUGAAUUGGAGUUCGAGACCUGGGUCACUGGCUGCAAGGCCCUCAUAGCAGCAGCAAAAGGCGUCAAACUGUCGAAGCUCCAACUCCUCUCGCACUCCCGCAGAUUUCUGCGCGCUGUAGAGCGAAACGAGGCGACGGUGCAGUUAACAAAACUGCCGCAGGUGGAGGAGCGUUCGGGGUUGAAGGACUGCAUAGACCUCCCCUGGCAUCCGCCUGAGGAGCUCGAAAAGAAGUAUCAAGAACAAGUUCUCCGUGUACAAGCCGCUGCAGAGGAGCUCAGGACGUUAGACAAAAGCUGCGUUGCACCCCCGGCUAUGGAUUUGUCGUCCCUCCUGGGCGCUGGUCCGGCUUACGCGACAGUGUUGGAAGAGCGCCUGGAAGAAGAAGACGAGGAGACGGAGAUCGAACGCGUGCGAGAGCUUAUUGGCGAGGCGCACGAGGCUACGCAGCAGCAGACACCAGCAGCAGAAGCAGCAGCGCCAGCAGCAGCAGGAGCAGCAGCAGCAACAGCAGCGCCAGCAGAAGCAGGAGCCUCUAGUACAGCGGAUUUGUGCGGAAUUUCUUCUUCGGUGACUGCUGGCCCCACAGACAACGGCGGCCUCCACCACAGCGCGCCAGCGCCCUCAACACAGCAGCAGCAGCAGCAGCAGGAUGGCAGCGUAUUGGCGAUAUCUUCAGAGGGUGCAGUGAUUCGUGCUGCUGACCAGGCUGGAGUUAGUUUUAAAGAAAGUUUUGAUGCUGCAGCAUCUGGAGGUCCAUUGGACCUGGAGCAAAUCUCUCAGCAGUUUCAGCGCACCCUGAGCUCCUUUCUUGACUCAACAGCUCAGGCGCAGCAGCGCGUCGCAUCGGCACUUACUGCUGCCGCUGCUGCUGCUACUGCUGCUGCUGCUGCAGUGCUCGGAGAAGACGAUGAAGCAUCGCAGAAACAACGCGAAAAAGACAGGCUGCCAUCCGAGGAG